UUGAUAUGCAGACUGUUCCUGCUUGCCAAAAUCUUUAUAAGAAUUCUUUCGUGUAUCAUUGUCUCCAAGAUGACAAGACUUUGCAAUUUGACGAUGCAAUCAAAUUUUUAGAACAAUGUGAGAAGGAGAAGGAACGUGUCCUUGUUCAUUGUAUGUCAGGAAAAAAUAGGUCACCAGCUAUUGUCAUGGGCUACUUGAUGAAGUGUAAAGGAUGGCGACUGCCACAAAGUUUUCAUUGGGUGAAAGAUCGCAGGCCUCAAGUAGAGCUCUCGCCAGCUGUUCAUGAGCAGUUGGUGGCGUACGAGAAGAAGGUUUUUGGAUCCCAGGAGGCUGUGCAGAUCCAGGUCCAGCCUCAACCUGACCCGGUACCAACAUUUGGAUUGGGUCUAGGGUUUCCUAGACCAGCUGACCCUUCUCCAGUUCCAAUCUUCAACCAAGGUACAACUUCUAUCUUCGAGCGAACUACCCCUAAUAACUUUACCUUCGGAGCCGGCAACGAAGCUCCCAUGGACAGCAGCAGUGCUUAAAGAUUAAAAAGAGUUCUUGGUGCGUUACAUCCUCAUACUUACCAAAAAUACGAGAAAAUGUGAAACGGAAAUGCUUAGCUUGUGCAUGUAUUCUUGGAGAAAAAGAAGUGUUUUAGGGCUCUGGCCUGUGUUAUUACUGUAACUUAUGACGCGAUUUCUUGUGUAUACUGUGUUUUGUUCUUCUGCCCUUUUUUAUUAUUUAUUUAUGUAGUUCUAUAUGCCCUCUUUCUUUUGUAUUAUCUUGUUAAUUUAGAACUCAUGUACUUGAUAACAAUAAAUUCUGCGUGCGUAUUGCAGAAGGAAAAUGCCGAAUGAUAAGAGUAAACAGAGUUUUGUAGUCUUGUUUCUGU